GCUGAAACUCGCAGACUUAUCAGAAGACCGUGGGUGGUCGGUUAAGUCGUGAACUAUGUGUUUGGCAUGAGAAAGUCUGGAUCCUCUGGAUUAAACAGCCGCCACAGUAGCUGCUCAGGGAUGUGUCCGACUUUUAGAGCACCGCCCUCAAACACUGGACUCAGCUGUAAGGAGAAACUGCUGCUUGUCAGGCUGACUGAGCACCGACACACCUCACACACAAAGUCCAGGACCGUGUUUGACCGGAGACACUGGAAGGAGGAAGAGUUUGGAUUGGCUUGAGAUAUGAGACUGGGCAUGACGGCACGGGCCAAGCUGAGGGUGUAGCCACAUCUGGCAGAGAGCGCUGGAGUAAGCAGGAGUCUCAGUACACCAAAUCAUCCACUGCAGCGGGGGAAGAUGGGAGAAACAGAGGAGGAGAGGGAUAAUGUGGGGAAGCUGUUUGAGAACUUUGUCCAGGCCUCGACCUGUAAAGGAGCCCUUCAGGCCUACAACGUCCUUUGCAGAAAGCUGGACCUCGACCCGGCGGACAACGGCACCUUCUACAGCAGUCUGAAGGCGAAGGUCACCACCUGGAAGGCUAAAGCACUAUGGAGUAAGCUAGACAAGAGGAUGUCCCAUAAGGAGUACAAGAAAGGCCAGUCCUGUGUGGGCACCAAGUGCCUCAUCAUCGGAGGAGGCCCCUGUGGUCUGCGGACGGCCAUUGAGCUGGCUUUGAUGGGUGCCAAAGUGGUGGUGAUCGAGAAGAGGGACUCCUUCUCCAGGAACAAUGUGCUGCACCUUUGGCCCUACACCAUUCAUGACCUUCGAGGCCUCGGGGCCAAAAAGUUUUGCGGGAAAUUCUGUGCCGGGGCCAUAGACCACAUCAGCAUUCAGCAGCUGCAGCUGAUCCUACUGAAGGUUGCCCUGCUCGUGGCAGUGGAGUUUCACAUCAAUGUGGAGUUUGUCAAGCUGCUGGAACCUCCGGAGGAUCAGGAAAAUGAAGCUCUUGGAUGGAGGGCUGCAAUCCGACCUGCUGAUCACCCCGUGGCUAACUUUGAGUUUGAUGUCGUGGUGGGGGCUGACGGACGCAGGAAUACUCUGGAAGGUUUCAAAAGAAAGGAGUUCAGGGGGAAGCUGGCGAUCGCCAUCACAGCCAACUUCAUCAACAGGAACACCACCGCAGAGGCCAAAGUAGAAGAGAUCAGCGGCGUAGCCUUCAUCUUCAACCAGAAGUUCUUUCUCGAUCUCAAAGAGGAGACAGGUAUCGAUCUGGAGAACAUUGUGUACUACAGGGACAACACACAUUACUUUGUCAUGACUGCCAAGAAACAGAGCCUGUUGGACAAAGGAGUCGUCAUUAAUGACUACAUAGAAACCCAGAAGCUGCUGAGCAGUGAAAAUGUCAACCAGGAAGCUCUUCUGUGCUACGCCCGAGAGGCUGCUGACUUUGGCACCAACUACCAACUUCCCACGCUGGAUUUUGCCAUGAACCACUGUGGGCAGCCAGAUGUAGCAAUGUUUGACUUCACAAGCAUGCACGCCUCAGAGAACGCUGCGCUGGUCAGGGAGAGAUUCGGACAUCAGUUACUCGUAGCACUGGUUGGCGACAGUCUGUUAGAGCCCUUCUGGCCUAUGGGGACGGGUUGCGCCAGAGGCUUCCUGGCUGCCUUUGAUACAGCCUGGAUGGUAAAGAGUUGGUCUCAGGGUCGGACAGUUCUGGAAGUACUGGCAGAGAGGGAGAGUAUCUACAGGCUACUUCCUCAGACUACACCUGAAAACAUUGCCAAAAACUUUGAACAGUACACCAUAGACCCUGGGACUCGAUACCCCAACCUCAACUCUUCUUGUGUCAGGCCACACCAGGUGCGUCACUUGUACAUAAGUGGAGAGCUGAAUUCCUGCUCUCUGGAGCGUGCUGCUACGAUACGUCGGCCUGUCAAUCUUAGCAGACGAGAGUCAGACAUCAGACCGACGAGGCUUCUUACCUGGUGCCAGAAACAGAUGGAUGGCUACAGGAAUCUGAUUAUCACAGACUUGACGUCUUCUUGGAAAAGUGGCAUCGCCCUCUGUGCCCUCAUCCACAGGUUCAAACCCCAGCUGAUAGAUUUUGACUCAUUAAAUGAAGAAGACCAUGCUGCAAACCUCCAGUUGGCUCUUGACAUUAGUGAGCGUGAAUUUGGGAUCCGACCAUUUACGUCUGUGAAGGAGCUGAGUGAGGAUCAGGAGCUGGAUAAGACCACGAUGAUCACCUACCUGUCCAAGUACUAUGAGCUCUUCCGUGGGACACCUCUACCUGCGUCAGGUUCCAGAGGACUGGAUGAAAACAAUGAAGAUUAUCCAUCUAAAGAAGUCAGAAGUAAUAAUAAUGUCCUCAAUCUUGCACUGCCCAGGAAACGGGUACCAAAGGAUGAAAAGAAGUCAGACGGUACAGAUCCAAUUUACAAAAGGAGGCGGAAAUUCUGCAGUUAUUUGGAAGAGGCCACCAAUCUGUCGAGUAAUGGCUCCACAGCGCGGGAGAGCCGGGAACCCAAGGAAAACAAAGUGCGCUCAAUGGCUACUCAGUUGCUGGCCAAGUUUGAAAACACACCCAGCUACUCUGUCCGGAAAACACAGUCUUUUCUAUUUCUGUGCCUUUUUAUUAACCGUCUUUCUAACCUUUCUUCAAAAUCUCAGUCAGACUGUGAGAGAUCCUCCCCACUGCAAACUCUUGACCUGACUGAGAGUCUGCGCGUUAAACCCAGGCCUCCGGUCGCACCUAAACCUCCUCCUGAGAUACAGUUUGAAAUCAGUAUCAGAAAAGCAGCAGAACACUUAGUCCGCCCGCCUCCAAAGAUACUGCCCAAACCCCAGCUGGAGCCUCAGUCCCAGCAUCCAUUUUCUGUAGUGAAGCUCAGACAUGUUGAUCAAACGCACGCUGAGACGAAGCCCCAGCCUCAGCCCGAGAGUCCAGACCCCCCUGCUUCACCUUCAUCCUGCCACUCAGCAAUCCAGUUCAUGUCAAGAGUCCUCCAGCGCCUCAGGGAGGUGGAUGAACACGUCUCUGAGAAAAAAGCUCAGACACAACAGGCUAGAGAGUUUCAAACAAAGAGUAUAAAGGAAAAAGCCGUUCACCUUAGUGGGUUGUUCUCAGCAGACAGCUCAGCUGUACUCAAGGGCGGCUCAGUUCGAAGGGCGUUCCCCCCAUCAGGUGACAAGUGUCACUCAUGUGAGAGGCGUGUUUAUAUGGUGGAGAGGGUCUGUACCGAGGGGCUCUACUUCCACAGGGAGUGUUUUCGCUGUUCUACCUGCAGCUCUGCCCUGCGACAGGGAGCACAUGCCUUUGACUCUGAACAGGGAAAAUUGUACUGUAAACUUCAUUUUGAUCAACGCAACAAUGGGACAACUCUAAGGAGGAAUUUGUCCCUACGCUCAAAUCAUUUUGGAGUUCAGGAGCAAUGCGCUGAUGAUGAACAGAGCUCUGAGUCCAGCAGCACAACAGACCUACAGAGUCAACCCUCAGCAGGUACCUUCAGCUCGUUCAUAAGGAAACGUCUGAGUUGGCCCCUGAGUGUGACUCGCGCUGUGUGUAACGCCCCAUGGUACCUGUCCCACCGUGUGCGUAGUACAGCACAGGCCCUCGCCGGCCACCUGAGGGACAAUGCCCAGGAUUAUGCAUCCUUGUAUGAGCUACUGAGCAUGAGCUUGCCCCUGCUGCUCGUUUUACAAGAGGUACUGCUGCAGAUGUACACAGAGGCUGUGCCUGAUGGCCCCAGCUCUAUACAGCCUGUACUGCUGUGGCUGCAGGAGAAUAUAGGGCACAGGCUCAGGUAGACGCUCAGCAGACCCCAGCUGUUAAUAUUUGACUCCAAAUGCCAUUAAAUCUGUGGCUGAGUGGCGCAUUAGCUGGAUUGUUCUUGUUUUAUUAUCAUAUGUAGCCGUGCACAGGCACCUUUUUAAUGUUUAAUUGCCUUUUAUAAUGAUAGAGAUUUGCUCCUGGUGUGUUGCAUGUACUUGUGCACCAGCCAACGAAGAGACACUGUAGGUUGCUCAUGCAACUUUUUAGCAAUUUACUACAGGAGUUGUCAGAUAAUGAAAGUUGCACCAAAUAAUUUUGCAUUGGGUUUGAUGUGGAAACUGUACAGAACUUGUAGGGUUAAAAUAAGAUUUAAGGUAAUUAAAAUGCGAAUAAAAUGAGAGAGGCUACAAUCAUUAAAGACUUGAGACUGCUGACAUGUCCAAUCAUCAUUGCUGUAGAAUGCAACCUUUUACAAACUGUCUUGGAAAAUGGAUCCUGCAGUUAAAAUAGCUUAACUCAGGUCAUGACUGACUAACUUGAUGCACUUUAUCUUUUGAGAACUGCCUUCUGGACGUCGCAGUAAACUGUCACCUUAGAUCUCAUGUUAACGCUGAAACAACAGGCAGGUUUUCUUUUGACUAUACAUAUGUGCUCCUGCUAUGUUUUUUUUAUUAUAUAUAUGCAGGUGUGUUUUACAACAAUUUGCUCAGUAUCUUUAUAUACUCAGACCAUUCAGUUUACUUUCAUAAAUUGUUUUUAUCAUUUUUUUCCCCUAUGGAUAACACCAAAUAAUCUCUUUUGAUGCUGUGGUCUGGUGGGUUUCCUUCUCAGUAUUUAGUUCUACUUUGCUGCCAUCUACUGUUGACUCUCAGAAAAACCAUGAAUGCAAAAUAAGAUACCCCACCCCUUUAUUUUUUAAAUCUCUGUGUAUAACAUUUUCACAGACUUACUGUAGACAAUAGAAGCUGGUGAGCAUGCUGUGAUGUGUUUGAAUGUGCUUGCCAUUCUCGCCAUAAAGCAUGUUGUUGGAAGAUCAACUGCAAACCUCUUUGACUGGAAGACAAACAGUUGCUUCCUAUUCAGAUACACUAUAUGCUAUGAUGCUUAUGAAGCACCUUUUUCAGAGUAUUUUGUUUUUUCUUUAUAGAAUAGUUGAAAGUGAUAUUUGCAAAAGCACCAGCUGUUAUUUUAAGUGUUUACGGCAUGAUAUGCUGGAUAUGCAAUAUGAUGUUUGUGUUUUGUUAUCGGCUACCUAAUAUUUCAUGCUGAAUUACUGAAUCUUCAGCAUGUAAUAUAAGUUUAAUGUCUGGUUUACAGUACAGUAAAAAAAGGGUGGAAGACUUGUGUGUUAUAAUACCAAAGAACAGUUUUGAUACACACUGACUUGUGUAACAUUUAUUUUCUACAUCUGUAUAACAUGAUGAAACUCAUUCUGUAACAUGUACAAUGGUGCCAAAAUACAAAUAUCAUCUUCAUUAUGAAUGUGAAUGUCAGUAUUUAGUUCAUAAACAUUUUAUACAUU